AAAAAGGAAGACCAUCAAGAUGGGAGUUCUGUCAGGAGAUGACUUAGCUGAUCUCUUUAAUUACUCUAAUUACAUGUAUGACUCUACUCCCGUAGACUUCAGCAUUGACGUAGAACCCUGCAGACCUGAGAGUGCAUCACCUGUGGUCAGAUACAUUGUCGCCUUCAUCUAUUGCCUGGUGUGCUUAAUGAGUUUGGUGGGAAACUCGUUAGUAGUUCUGGUUGUCUCUUACAACAAACGUAACCGUUCGGUCACUGACGUAUACCUUCUGAACCUGGCCAUUGCUGAUCUCCUCUUUGCCCUCGCCUUGCCCAUCUGGGCCAUUUACCGAGCCCAUGAAUGGAUUUUUGGUUUGGUCAUGUGUAAACUCACCUCAGUCCUGAAGGAAGUCAACUUUUACAGCGGCAUCCUCCUCUUGGCCUUCAUCAGCAUUGACCGCUACCUGGCAAUAGUUUACGCUACUCGAGCAGCCACUGAGAAGAGGCGCUGGGUCAAGUUUGCCUGCAUUGGCAUCUGGUUGUUCUCCUUCCUUUUCUCUCUUCCAGUGAUCGCUUCCCGUAAUGUUUUCCAGCCACCCAAUACCUCCCAAAGGGUUUGUUAUGAAAAUAUUGGGGGGAAUGAAACAGCUAAAUGGCGGGUGGUGUUGAGAAUCCUACCACAAACGUUUGGCUUCAUUGUUCCCUUGUUCAUCAUGCUCUUCUGCUAUGGUGUGACAGUGCACAGGCUCUUCCAAACCAAGAACAUUCAAAAGAGGAAAGCCAUGAAAGUCAUCCUAGCUGUUGUGCUGAUCUUCUUGUUCUGCUGGCUGCCCUACAACAUCUCCCUCCUGGUUGAUACCUUGCUGAGGACUCACUUUAUUGCUGACACCUGUAGCCGCCGUAAUGCCAUUGAUGCAGCUCUUGUAGGCACUGAGAUCCUGGGAUUUUCUCACAGUUGCAUGAACCCCAUCAUAUAUGCCUUUAUAGGACAGAAGUUUCGGAACAACUUUCUCAAGAUCUUAGUCAUGCAUGGCAUCAUCAGCAAAGAAAUCCUGAGGCGGUAUCGGAAGGGGUCCUCCUUCUCAUCUACCUCUGGCAACACUUCAAUGACCUUGUAACAUACACACCAAGAGGAAGGGGAGCAUACAGUCCAACCUUUGUUAUUCAAGGAUCUUAAUUUGCUUCAUGAUUCAGACUGAGAUGAUGCCAGUGAGAUGCUUGUAUAUAUCCUGAUGAAAAUAUGAUUUGCUGUAAAACUCUGCAACAGUGGUUGAGUCAAAGUACUUAUUUAGUACAUGGAUACUGAUGCAAGGAAUACUUUCAAUAGUGAUAGAUGUUGGGGAGAACUGUACUUUCCCAACUUUUCUGCCUUUGGAAUAAUAAUAUUUUUUCAACCGGGGGGGGGGAAUCCAUUGUACAUGUAGUGGGACAUGUUAUGACUGCAGUAAGAAUUCCAUGUAUUUAUGAUCAGAAUGGAGGUUUUUAAAAAAUUGCCUCCAGAU